CAUAUAGGAAGUGUGGGAGAAUUAACCCCUAGCCUUUCCGAUGAACUUCAUUAUCAAACCACCACCUUCCCUUGUUUCGUGUUUUACUCGUGUUGAAUCUCGCAGAUGGAACAGUACAAAGCCUUUCGAUUUCCAUAAGUCGUUUCAGAUGACUACUUCCCCACUACCCGCAUGGAAGGUUGGAGACGGAGCGUUUACUGGACUCUCACCAGAACACGAAAAUUCACCUAAAACUACGUGGAAUCUGGAUGAUAUGAGCACCAAAGACUCGUAUAAACUUCUAACAUCUGCGAUCAUUCCUCGCCCCGUCGCUUUCAUCUCAACGAUUGCAGAAGAUGGAACUCCGAAUCUUGCGCCGUUUAGCUACUUCUCCAUGAUUUCACAUAACCCUCCGCUUCUCGGUGUAUCCUUCAGCCUAUCCCCGAGACGGCCCAAAGACACGCGGGAGAAUAUCUUAGCUACCAAAGAGUUUACGGUGAACAUCAUCAGCGAGCAUUUCAUCGAGGCUGCUAAUGCGACUGCCGUCGAAGCUCCUGCGGACAUCGACGAGUGGAUCGUAUCCGGAUUGACAAUGGAGCCAAGCGCCCAAGUCAAGCCUGCUUGCGUGAAGGAAAGUCUAUUCAGCAUGGAGUGUCAGCUGCACUUCUCGCACGAUAUCUCUGAUCUGAAGACUUCCGAUAUCACGAAUACCCUUGUGCUCGGCCUCAUUAAACAAGUGCACGUAACAGAAUCUGUGCUCGCUGAGAAUGGAUUGACGUUGGAUCCAGCUAAAUUACGACCGGUGGCGAGGCUUGGAGGCAAUACCUAUGCAAGGUUGACAGACGCGUUUGACGUUCCUCGUCCUGCUUGGAAGACGGUGCGUAACACGGUCCAUGAACUGACUGAACGAAACUCCAAAAAGCUCGUUUAAUCAUUAUAUACACCGGUAUGAAAGUCGUCUGGUGGGUUAGUGCGACGCGACUUCAUGUCAUGCCCGAGCACCAUACAUACACUAUCUGUAUUCUAUACAAGAUCUUGCGUACAUCAGAACUACUGUCAUAUAUAUUUGAUUCUUUU